AUGGGGACGGUCCUGAACACUAUCAACAUCUGCGUCUUCUGCCGAAAGUCGAUGCGUUCCAGCACCAACGCCUACCUGUUGGCUAGCAGCAUCUCUCAGCUCCUGUACAGUCUCGUCAUGGUCCCAUACACCGUCAGGUUGGUCACGUACGGAAACACCACCAACCUCUUCUCCAUCAUGUUCGGCAUCUACGUUGCCAACUACGUCGCGGUGGUUCUCAGGCGAUUCACCUUCAUCAUUGCCUGCGUUGUUUCCAUGGAAAGGUUUUUGGUGACCACGACGCCGUUGAAGGCCAAGCAAUACCGCUUGGUUCACUCACCUGGACAGUUCAUCAUGGGUGUUUCUCUUUUCUCCGUGCUCGUCCAUAUACACAGCCUCGUCCGCAACACCGUCAUCACCAACCACAAAGAUGGGAUCACAACCUACAGUGUCUGCGAGACUGGUUUUUACAAGAAUCACGUGUCCGUGGUCACGGCGUGGUCGACGACAGCCAGGGUGCUGGCUGUUUAUCUGGCCAUUACGACGGCGCUCAUCUUCAAUAUCGUCGUUGUCAUCUCCCUUCGUCGUCAGAGGCAGUUCAGAGAAAAUAUCACCAACGCCAGAGUGGUAGACAAGAUGAAAGCGCGGGAGAAGCAGACGACAGUCACGAUCCUUGUCACAAACUGCCUGUACUUAGUGCUCUGCGUGCCCAUGGUCACCAACUCCAUGGCCUUUGACCUCAGCCCCGUCUACGGUUACUUUUCUCACUACUACAAGAACGUGUACAUGGUGAUACAAGACUUAGGCUCCACCUGUGUCCUGCUGGGUUUGUCCGUGGACUUUUUCUCCCACAUGAUGCUCAGUGAGAUGUACAGAGCUACAUUCUUGUGUAUGUUCAAGCCAAAGUGUGUUGCAAUACCCUUGACACACUCGGAAUACCAGCUCGAAGACUCGAAGUCCGAUAACUUUAAGAGCGUUUCAAAUGUCACCUUGACCUCUCAUCUGUGA